ACCAGUCAUGACAAAUACUCAACUGUCUUCGAAAGGCAUGGAUCCAGUGGGAGUGAAUUCAAUAGAGACUGCAGCUCUAGGGAGACCCUUCCAGCUGGGGAUGCUGUAUGACCUCAGGAGAGAUGCUCUCGUACCAGGAAUCAGACUUUGGAGUAACGAGCAGAACAUAAGCACUAAACCCCAAAUCAAUACAGUUUUCACAGUCACCGCUUCAGACUCGAUUGAGGAAAAGUCUAGAUUGCUGAAUAUUGAUGGAUGUCUGAAACUGAGUGUUUUAGGAGGACUCAUCAGUGUAACUGGAGCUGCUAAUUAUCUCAAGGACACCAAGAGAUCAUUCAACCAACAGAGACUGACAUUACAUUAUCAUUCAACCUCUAAGUUUGAAGAACUGAUCAUGAACCACUUUGCUUCUGGAGACAUGGCUCACUAUGACGAUGGCGUCGCCACACAUGUAGUGACCGCAGUGCUGUACGGAGCAGACGCAUGCUUUGUUUUUGAUAGAAACGUUUUAUCAGAUGAGGACAAGAGAGUGAUAGACGUAGAUGUAGAAGCUGUCUUUGGGAAGCUAAUCAGCAUUUCAGCCGGUGCAAACAUUAAUCUGAAUGACAGUCUGAAGACCGCAGCCCAAAAAUUCAAGUGUACAUUUUAUGGCGACUUCCAGCUAUCACGUAACCCGACCACUUUUGAAGAUGCUAUGAAGGUUUUUGAAGAUCUUCCAAAACUGCUGGGAGAAAACAAAGAGCUUGCGGUUCCUCUGAGAGUUUGGCUUUAUCCUUUGGACAAACUUUUCUCAAGAGUUGUAAAGUUUCAACAUGAAAUCAGCACAGGUUUAAGCUCAGAUCUUGAAUCAGUAAUUGAGAGUUUGAAUACGACUGAGAUGAAAUGCAGUGAUCUUCUGACAGACACGCCAGCUUCCACAUUUACUGCAUUUCAUGACAAAAUCAAUGAGAUGAAGAAAAACUGCUACCAGUGCAGAUUGAGUCUCAUGAAGAAACUCGGCUCGCUCUUACCAAAGAUCCGUGGAAAAUUCAUAGUGGACACAGCAUUGAUCGAUCUUCUACGAGAUCAUGAGGAAUCUCCAUUUGAAAGAAGCGCUCUUGAACAAUGGCUGAAAGAGAAAGAGGAAGAAUCUAACAUUAUUAAAGCAUUGCUCACACAACUGAACGACUCAGGAGCAAUGGUAGAAAACAACCUCAAUAAAAAUCUAAUGAAUCUGGAAGUUAAACAUUUGGUCAGCUACACUUUCACAUCAUUGAGCUGGACAGAUGUGCUGCUUUCUGAACAAAAGACCUUCCUGAGUUCUUCAACGAAAGGAAAAAAUGAGGAGAAACCCGAACACAAGACUUGGCUCACGCCUGACACCCAAAAGACGAUGAGGAACAACCUGAGGGUAUUUAAACACUUGAUUGAUUUAAACAACAGCAAAUCAGUCAAAUUCAUUGUUGCAUCAAAAGAAAUGAAAAAUAAUCCAGGUUCCUGCAUUCUCCUGUAUGAAAAUGAAUCUAAUGAAGCUGUUUGCUUCACUCCUCCAUCAAAACCAGACUGUCCGAUCAUUGAAGAUGUCAGAUAUAGACAAGUGGAUCUGAAAGUGUCUCCACCGGGUCCUGCUACAGAGGAGCUCAAAUUACUGUACAAAAUGAAGGAAGAGAAAGACUGGACAUCUCAAACUGUGUCAAAGAACCAGGACACAGUUACUCUGACUGAUCUCAGACCAGAUACUGAGUACAAUAUUAAAUGUGCAGCGGUGGGAAAACUCGACUACACCGUAGAGAGUGAUGUGACGCGUCUCACAGUCAUAAACCAGAAUCUCCUCAAGGCCAAAGAGUCUGCUAUCAAAAAUCUCAGUUGGAUUGAAAACAAGUGCAAUUUACUUUUGGAAAACAUCAAGGAAACAACUUUUAGUGCACUUCAUAAGAAAAUACAAGAUAUGCUGCAAAACUGCCAAACGUAUCGACAAGAUUUCAGUGACCGAAUUAAAUCUGUGAUCCAGUCAGUUAAAGCUUGUGAGAAAGAGUCUUGUGCUCUGAUGGAUCUUCUUCAAGCUCAUGAUGAGUCUCCAUUCAGUGAAAAGAGUCUGAAAGAGUGGAUCACGGUGAAAGAAGAAGAAUUAAACACCGUUAAUGAGUUUCUUAGACAGUUAAUGGACUUUGGAGCCGAAGUGAACACAAGCUUGGACUCGUAUUUGUCUGAUAUUCAGGUGGAGAAUGUGUUUUGUUACACUUUCAGUUCUCUUGAGCAGCCGGAUGAGUUGCUUAAUGAACAAGAAAAUUACAUGAAUCCUCAAAUGAUGAGAAAUCCUCAGAAGAAACCUGAUGUGGCGUCUCAAUCAUGGCUCACUGGAAGCAUCCGGGAGAAAAUGAGAGAACAUUUGAAAAUAUUUAAGGAGCUGAUGACUUCAUAUAGCAGUCAGAGCAAAUUUAUGGUUUUCAUAAAAGAGCAUGAAAAGCAUCCAGGUUCCUGCAUUCUUCUGUAUGAAAAUGGAUGUAAUGAAUCUGUUUGCUUCACUCCUCCAUCAAAACCAGACUGUCCGAUCACUGUCCAACAGGUCAGAUAUAAGCAAGUGGUUCUGAAAGUGUCUCCACCGGGUCCUGCUACAGAGGAGUUCAAAUUACUGUACAAAAUGAAGGAAGAGAAAGACUGGACAUCUCAAACUGUGUCAAAGAACCAGGACACAGUUACUCUGACUGAUCUCAGACCAGAUACUGAGUACAAUAUUAAAUGUGCAGCGGUGGGGAAACUCGACUACAUCACUGAAUCUGAUGUCACCACAGUUACCACAAAGAACAAAAAUGAUCUUAUCAAGAAAAGCAUCUUAAUCAAAGAUGGAAAUCCUGCUCGAUAUCGUCUGCAAACAAAGACAUACAAUUUGGAUCAAUCUGAACCAUACAGAAAAAUGACCUUUGGAGAGAGAGACAAAACCAAACCCCAUAAAACCAUUCUGAUGUUGGGAGAAACAGGAACAGGAAAAACAACCCUAAUCAACACUAUGAUCAACUACAUGUUAGAUGUUCAGAGAGAAGACAAGGUUUGGUUUGAGAUCACAGAUGAUCAGAGUAACCGAACAUCAGUUCACAGUCAGACCUCCAUCAUCACUGUUUAUGGGUUUUAUCCACAAGAGAGUAAAACUGAUCUAACAAUCAUCAACACACCAGGAUAUGGAGACACUCGUGGAGUUAAUCUUGAUAAACAGAUCGCUGAGAGUUUGUGUAGCUUAAUCAAAUCUGCAGGAAUCAAUGAAAUACAUGCAGUGUGUCUGGUGAUUAUGGCACAACAACAUCGACUCUCUGACAGACAAAUAUACAUAUUUGAUGCUGUUCAGUCUUUAUUUGGGAGAGAUAUUGCUGAAAACAUCAUCUUGCUCUUCACACACUCAGAUGGAAUGCCUCCUAGAAAUGCCCUGACGGCUGUUAAAGAGGCUAAAAUCAAGUGUGCAGUGAAUGACAAGAAUCAGCCGGUGUUUUUCCUGUUUAAUAACCGUCAGUCAGACACUGAUGAUGAAGAAGAUGAUGAUGAUGGAGAAUACUAUGAACAGAGGCUGAAACAAUCAUGGGAUCUCAGUUUUAAAGGAAUGACGCAAUUGUUCAAAUUUCUUGACAACAUAAAACCAAAAUCCUUAAAUAUGACUCAAGAUGUGUUACAACAACGGAAACAGUUGGAGGCAAAUAUCUCUAAUCUACAGUCACGAGUUCUCAUGACAGAACUAAAGCAAAAAGAGCUGAAACAAAGUCAAGAAGCUCUGAAGCAGAACAAGCAAGAUGUAGAAGACAAUAAAGACUUUGAGUAUGAAGUUGACGUGGCCUACAAAGAGAAGGUUGAUAUUGAUCCUUCUCUAGCCAGCAUGGCCACAUGCUGCACAAUCUGUGAGGAGAACUGUCAUUAUCCAGGAUGCUGGUGGAUCAAGAAUCUCUCAUGGUGCAGUGUGAUGAAAGAUGAUCACUGUACAGUGUGCACAAAUAAAUGCCACUACAAAGAACACGUCAAAGGAGCAAAAAUAUAUGAAACAAAGACAAAGAAGGAGAAGAGAACAUAUGAAGAGUUAAAGAAGAAAUAUAAUGACAGAAUUGGGGAUGGUGAGUAUUUGGUCAAGAAGCUGGAAGAAGAACUGCACGAAUUAGAGAAAGAGAAAGUAAAGCUGGUGAUUGAAGCUUUUCACUGUGUGGAAACUCUGGAGAAGAUCGCACUCAACACUGAUUCUCUGAACACAUUUCAGCAUGUUGAUUUUCUAAAUGAGAAGCUGAAGGAAAUAAAUGAGCCUGAAAAGGCUGAAAUACUGGAAAACAUCAAGAAGAGAGCAGGAGAAAAAAAUAGAGCUCUGGGAAUCAUAAAAAUAAUUCAUAAUUAUUUUUAAAUGCAACUUAACAUCUGUGGUCACACAUUAAGGUUUGCUUGUGAAAAGCAUGAGCAUUUG